GUCAUCUUCCGGGCUCCACUGCUCCAGCAUCGCCCCGAACCUUUCCUAAAAGCCAUACAAACAGCCUAGGGUUUAGGGUUUUUGAGAGCCUGUUUAUCUCUACGUUUCUAGGCAAAGAAGAAGAGGAAUGCUACCAUUUCAAGUCUCAACACUCUCUUGAUAAGGAAACCCCAAUUCUAGGAAUUUCCACGUUUUUGAAUGAUUGAAAAAUGCAAAGGUAUUGUUUUCUGCGCAAAUAAUCAUCUUGUACAAUGAUCUUUCGCAGCCUUCUUUUCUGUAAAAAUAUUAGAAGUGCCAAAUAUUUUCUUACAAUUUAUCCUCCACUGAGAAAGAAUCAUGGCUUUUCUUGGGCCGUUAAUGUAUUCAAUCAGAAAUGCACAAAAUCCCAGUUUCUAUCCCCUUCGUGCAAUAACGAUGUUAUAAAAAGCCCUUAUCUCUCCAGAAGUUAUUGUUCCGGAAAGGGUACUGAAGAUUCCAAUGAGUGGACUGAAGACAUAGUCUACUUGGAUGAAUCUGGUGGGUUCAUUUCCUCCGGAAAGGGGAUAAGGUCGGUUGAGCCAGGUCUUGAUGACCAUGUAAUGGUGGGUGGGCUCAAGAAGCCUAUUUUGAAUGCAUCGGCUGUGGCCAAGAUAGUUGAGAUCGUUAAAAGGUGGAGAUGGGGCCCUGAUAUGGAAACACAAUUGGAUAGACUUCAUUUUGUGCCGAAUAUGACUCACAUUACACAGGCUUUGAAGGUUAUGGAAGAUGCCGAUUCUUCCUUAAGCUUGUUUCGGUGGGUCAAGCGGCAACCUUGGUAUAAGCCAAGUGAUGAGUGCUAUAUGAUGCUGUUUGAUAGGUUGAAUCAAACUAGAGAUUUUGAUGGGAUUCAAUCUGUUUUUGAUGAUAUGGUUCUUGAUUCUGGUGAGAAUGGGGCAUCUUUAUUUAAUGCUUACAACCAGGUUAUUCAGUAUUUGGCAAAGGCUGAGAAGUUGGAGGUAGCAUUCUGUUGUUUUAAGAAAAUUCAAGAGUCUGGUUGCAAAGUAGACAGCCAGACCUACACUUCUCUUAUAACCUUGUUUCUCAAUAAGGGCAUGCCUUUUAAGGCAUUUGAGAUAUAUGAGAACAUGGAAAAUGCAAGGUGCUCAUUAGAUGAAUGUAGUUAUGAGUUAAUGAUACCAAGUCUAGCGAAAUCAGGCCGCCUUGACGUGGCAUUCAAGCUCUACCAAGAGAUGAAAGAAAAGAAAUUCCGGCCAAGUUUUGGGAUUUUUGCUUCACUUGUUGAUACAAUGGGCAAAGCUGGAAGGUUAGACACGUCAAUGAAGGUGUACAUGGAAAUGCAGGGUUUUGGGCUCCGACCAUCUGCAACCAUGUUUGUUUCCAUGAUUGAGUCCUUUGUUAAGGCUGGGAAAUUGGAUACUGCACUUAGGCUCUGGGAUGAGAUGAAGAAAGCAGGGUUUAGACCUAAUUAUGGUCUCUACACUAUGAUUGUUGAGUCACAUGCAAAAUCUGGGAAACUUGAUAUUGCAAUGUCUGUCUUUUCUGAUAUGGAAAAGGCUGGAUUUAUGCCUACCCCGACUACCUAUUCAUCUCUUUUAGAGAUGCAUGCCACUUCUGGUCAAGUAGAUGCUGCAAUGAAGCUUUACAAUUCCAUGACAAAUGCUGGUCUAAGACCAGGACUAAGUACUUUUACGGCCUUGCUCAGUCUCCUGGCAAAAAAGAAACUUGUGGAUGUUGCUGCUAAGGUUUUACUUGAAAUGAAGGCCAUGGGAUAUUCUGUUGAUGUAACUGCUAGUGAUGUUUUAAUGGUUUACAUUAAGGACAGUUCUGUUGAUCUUGCUUUAAGGUGGCUCCGCUUUAUGGGUUCUUCUGGGAUCCGGACAAAUAAUUUCAUAAUACGACAGCUCUUUGAGUCAUGUAUGAAGAAUGGAUUGUAUGAGUCUGCUAAGCCUCUCCUUGAAACGUAUGUGAGUUCUGCAGCUAAGGUUGACCUCAUACUUUACACCUCAAUUCUGGCUCAUCUUGUAAGGUGCCAAGAUGAAACUGAUGAGAGGCAUUUGAUGUCAAUCUUGAGUGCAACAAAACAUAAGGCUCAUACUUUCUUGUGUGGACUCUUCACUGGUCCUGAACAGAGGAAAUUACCAGUCUUAUCCUUUGUAAGGGAAUUCUUCCAGGGUAUUGACUAUGAGCUUGAAGAAGGAGCUGCUCGGUACUUUAUAAAUGUUCUACUUAACUAUCUUGUUCUCAUGGGGCAGAUAAAUCGUGCCCGAUGUGUAUGGAAAGUUGCGUAUGAAAACAAGCUUUUUCCAAAAGCAAUAGUAUUUGAUCAACAUAUUGCCUGGUCUCUUGAUGUUAGAAACUUGUCUGUCGGAGCAGCUCUUAUAGCAGUGGUGCAUACACUUCAUAGGUUCAGGAAGAGGAUGUUGUAUUAUGGUGUCGUCCCAAGACGAAUCAAAUUAGUAACUGGGCCAACUCUGAAAAUAGUGGUGGCACAGAUGCUAAGCUUGGUGGAAUCACCAUUUGAGGUUAGUAAGGUUGUUUUGAGGGCUCCAGGAGAUACUGUCUUGGAGUGGUUUAAGAAACCAAUUGUUCAGCAAUUUCUUUUGAAUGAAAUUCCAUCAAGGGCUGACAUUUUGAUGCAUAAACUCAAUGUGCUUUUCCCAAGUUCCGCACCUGAAAUUAGAUCAUUGUCCCCUCCUAAACCUCUUCUUGCAGGAAAGGCUAUAUAGUUAUAGACGAUUGUAAUAUAACAAGUGAUGGAUUAUGUACAUGCAAUUGGAUUUGUAAGUUGUUCUAUGCCAUAGCAUUGUUUAAAUUUUUCCAUCUGGAUUCCACAAUAGUAUAUGUAUUAGAUGCACUUGGCAAUUUUGUUUGUGAGGACUUCCUAUUUGUCUAUGAUAUAAUUGUCUCUCAAAGUCACUCUCUCCCUUAAUAAAAUCUCCAUUUCU